AUGUCGUGGGCGAUCGAGCUGUCCGAGUAUCAGAUCACCUAUGAGCCUAGAACUGCCAUCAAAGCCCAAGCACUCACUGACUUCAUUGCAGAAAUGACGCAACUUUCCCCGCCCAAGAACCAAGCCAUGGGAACGCCGUUAUCAGAAGUGUGGAAACUAUACGUAGAUGGCUCGUCAAACGCCAAAGGCUCCGGUGCAGGGAUGAUAAUAGAAAAUCCAGAUGGCGUGGCUAUCGAACAUUCUUUAUCAUUUGAUUUCAACACCACUAAUAACCAGGCGGAAUAUGAGGCCAUGAUAGCUGGUCUGAUCCAAGCAAAGGAAAUGGGGGCCCAACGCCUCAAAGUCUUUAGUGACUCCCAGCUGGUGACAUUUCAGAUCUCCGGCGAGUACCAAGCCAAAGGACCACUGAUGUGCAAAUACUUAGAAAAAGUCAGAGAGCUAAUUGAAGGUUUUGAAAGUGUCAAGGUGGAAUAUAUCCGACGUACUGAAAAUACCCGGGCGGACAUUUUGUCCAAGCUAGCAAGCACUAAAAGCCCGGGCAACAACCGUUCUAUAGUCCAGCAGAGUAUGCCAAACCCGUGCAUAGUCAUGAGUAUCUCAGAGACAGCCCCUGGAGCCACUGAAGAAACCUGGAUCACGCCCAUUGCAAAUUAUUUAGCUGAAGGGGCCGUGCCUCCCGACCAGAAAGAUGCUAGAAAGAUAAUUCGUAGAAGCGCCCACUUCUGCAUAGUACAAGGGCGGUUGUACAAGCGUGGACUUUCAACCCCACUCCUGAAAUGUUUGAAUCCCACUGAUGUUCCAUACGUGUUAGAAGAAAUCCAUGAAGGAAUCAACGGCCAUCACAUGGGCGGUCACUCACUAGCAAAGAAGGCGUUGAGAGUCGGAUUUUAUUGGCCAACCAUGGAACGUGACGCCCAUGAACACGUCAAAAAGUGCGAAAAAUGUCAGAGGUUCGCCGACAUACAUAGAGCACCGCCAGAAGAGUUAACAUCAAUCACCUCACCAUGGCCCUUCUACAAGUGGGGCAUCGACAUUCUGGGUCCUUUCCCUAUGGCAGCUGGGCGGGUGCAAUGGCUGAUGGUCGCUAUCGACUAUUUUACCAAGUGGGUAGAAGCAGAACCCUUGGCGACUAUAACCUCUCAAAAAGCAAGAAGGUUCUUCUGGAGAAGCAUCAUUUACCGUUUUGGCAUUCCCGGGGAAGUUAUCACGGAUAACGGCACUCAAUUCACCGAUGCCAAGUUCCGCGAAUUAAUGAGCAGCCUGCACAUACGACACCACUUUGCUGCCGUAGAACACCCAUAA